UGUUAACAGUGCCAUUAAAGCAAAAUGCUAAUCACUUACUGAUUUGUUCUUACUAAUGCACAUCUGCAUUUAAAUUUGGCCACAUUAUAAAAUGUCUUGUAAUUUGCUUAGCAUUCAGUUGCAAGACCAGCGUUUAUGCUGCUGUUUUGCAGCAGCCAGCAGAUGUGACACUGAAUCAUGGGUGAGAGUAUUUUCCUUAAAAUGCAGAGUCAGCUCAUGAAUGCUGAUUUUUCUCUAAUGUUUCAAGUAGUUGGCUGUGGGCACGGUCUGCUUUCCUGUUCUGUUGGAGCAGAGAUAGCGAGGCAUCCUUGCCAUGACCGAUCCUCUGCUGCAUGCUGUCAGUCAAUAAGCAUGGGGCUGCAUGAUGUAAGGGCUGGGGUAUUUUCUGUUAGUAUGAGCUAGAAGCUAGCUUCAAAAUCACUGAGGUGUAGAAAGAGAUAACAGAAUUGGGGCAGUUGAGGUGGAAAGGACCUCUGGGAAUGCCUUGUCCAAUGCCCUGCUGGCAAGAGUGCCAGCCAAGGCAGGCUGCCCAGGGCUGCAUCAGCAGGGUUGUAUUUGUUCUGAGGCAAAUACUCCACAGCCUCACUGGGCAGCCUGCACCACUGUUUGACAACCUCACAAGAAAAUAACUUUUUUCUUAAGUUUAAACAGAAACAUGUUGCAUCCCUUGCCUCUUUUACUGGAUACCACUGACAGAAAUUUGGCUGUCUUCCUUAUGUCCUUCCGUCAGGCAUUUCUACCCAUUGCUAAGAUCGCCCCCGAGCCUUCUGUUCUUCUGAUGGAACAGUCCCAGUGCUUUCAGCCUCCUGUGAGACAGGUCCCUUCAUUUCAAUCACUGUGAACAGUCAUGAGAGCCCACAGAAUGAUGUGUGUAGAGCUGGUGGGGGGGAGUAAAUUUCUGUUUCGACAUAAGAGAUUGGCUUCAAUUUAUUUUAAUCUAACUAGAAUUAUAAAUUUCAGUGUUAAAUAUGGUGGCAGAAUUUUAAGGGGAGCUGAGAAAAACACAGGCAUGGCAGGAAUCGGUUUGAUUUGAUUAUAUGAUAUUGUGUGGAUGAUGUUGGAUAACGGAAUGGAUGCCGAGAUGUAAAGAGGUAUAGGAGAUGCUAUCAUCAGUUGAUUAGCUGGGAUCUCUGCAGGGAGUAAGGGAAGAUAAAGAGAUUGUGGGAGUUACCGACAGGAAGUAGAGAAGGUGUUACAGUCUUUGAUGAGAUUUGGAGAGUCACAGUAAAUGGGAGAGCCAGGGUCGUGCAGAUGGAAGCUUCAAAGGAACAGCAAUCAGGAAAAAAUGAGGGAGCAUAUUUGUUACAGGUAGUACUAAUCUGAGUAAUCAGCGAGUACAAGAGUUGGUGACUGGGAUGCUGUCAGAGUAAAAAUGCUCUGUGCCCAGUGGAUGCCUACAUUCAGUUUGGCUAAUGCAAAUGAAUUGCCCACCUGUUUUUAAAGGGAUUCUCAGAACUCUGUACUAUUAAUUGCAAGUUCAUUUGUCAUGGAUGAUGAUGAUGAUGAAUCCUGUCUCCUUGAUCUUAUUGGGGACCCGCAGGCACUGAAUUAUUUUCUGCAUGGACCUAGUAAUAAAUCUAGCAACGAAGACUUGACAAAUGCAGAAUAUUCUGUAGCCAACUCAAAUUCCAUUUUCGCCAACUCCAAUAACACUGAUCCUAAGUCGUCUGUAAAAGGUGUAAGCAAUCAGCUUGGAGAGGGGCCUAGUGAUGGACUGCAGCUGUCCAGUAGCCUUCAAUUUCUUGAAGAUGAACUUGUGUCUUCUCCUUUACCUGAUCUUAGUGAGGAUCAACCUUUUGAUAUUCUUCAGAAGUCCUUGCAGGAGGCCAAUAUCACUGAACAGACUUUGGCAGAAGAGGCAUAUUUGGAUGCCAGUGUAGGUUCUAGUCAACAGUUUGCACAAGCUCAGCUUCAUCCUUCUUCAUCAGCAUCCUUUACUCAGGCUUCUAAUGUUUCUAAUUACUCAGGUCAGACGUUGCAACCUGUAGGAGUUACUCAAGUGGUACAGCAACCUGUUGGAGCAUCUUUUGCAAGCAAUACAGUCGGCGUGCAACAUGGCUUUAUGCAACAUGUCGGAAUUAGUGUUCCCAGCCAGCAUUUGUCUAAUAGCAACCAGAUUAGUGGUUCAGGGCAGAUACAGCUGAUUGGUUCAUUUAGUAAUCAGCCUUCCAUGAUGACCAUUAAUAACCUCGAUGGAUCUCAGAUAAUACUGAAGGGUAAUGGUCAGCAGACGCCUGCAAACAUGAGCAGUAGCCUCUUGGUUCAUAGACAAACUCCAAAUGGUAACUCACUGUUUGGGAACUCAAAUACAAGUCCUGUAGCACAACCUGUAACAGUUCCGUUUAACAGCACAAAUUUUCAGACAUCUGUACCUGUCCAUAAUAUCAUAAUUCAAAGGGGUUUAGCGCCAAACUCUAACAAAGUACCCAUUAAUAUCCAACCAAAGCCUGUCCAGAUGGGUCAGCAGUCUGCUUACAAUGUGAACAACUUGGGAAUACAGCAACAUCACGUACAGCAAGGGAUUCCGUUUGCUUCUGCAAGCUCACCUCAGAGUUCAGUAGUUGGUCCUCAUAUGUCUGUUAACAUCGUUAAUCAACAAAAUACAAGAAAAUCAGUUACACCUCAGACAGUUAGUAAUGCUGGAGGUAGUAUUGUUAUCCAUUCUCCUAUGGGACAGCCUCACGCACCUCAAAAUCAGUUUCUCAUACCUACAAGUUUGGCUGUUAAUUCAAACUCAGUUCAUCAUGUCCAGGCCAUAAAUGGACAGCUUCUUCAGACGCAGCCUUCCCAGUUGGUUCCUAGCCAAGUGUCUGCCGAGCAUGUAAUGCUCAACAGGAACUCUACAAACAUGCUGAGAGCCAACCAGUCGUAUUCUGGACAGAUGCUGAAUAAUCAGAACACAGCUGUUCAACUUGUUUCUGGCCAGACCUUCACAGCUCCUGGAAACCAAGUUAUAGUAAAUCAUGGAACUUCACAAAUUGUUGGUGGACAGGUGCCACUGCAGCAGGCAUCACCGACAGUGUUGCAUUUGUCACCCAGUCAAGCUAGUGCUUCUCAAGGUAGAUCGAGUUUUACGACAAUGUCACCUGGGCAGUCUGCAGUCUCAAAUAUGUCAGCUUCUAAUCGAUUUGCUGUUGUAAGUUCUUCUGGUUCGGUACAUCCUAGCUUGGGACCUUCAGUUCAGUCUGUUGCAUCUGGAGGAAACUUUACUGGAGAUCAGCUCGCACAGAGCAGGACUCAAGUUCCUGUCAGUUCAUCACAUCGUCUUCCAGCAUCCUCUUCCAAAUCCAUCAGCACCUUUAGUCACACAUCAGUUGGAGUAACACAGCAACAGUUCGCCUUCAGUCAGAAGAAAGGUAUGAACCAGACAUCACCAGUUUCUGCGUCAAAGGCUCAAGAUAAUUUGAGACAACAUCAGCUGUCAAGUCUUCUGAGCAACACCCUAUCAGGGCAGGACUCUGGAGGAAAAAUCGUACAGCAAUCUCUUGGAACAUCACAAGAAAAAGGAGUAGGAUCAUCUUCAGUUCAGUGUAUACAGGUGGAUGGUCAUUUAGUUGGACAGAAACGACCUGCUGCUAAACAGUUAACUAAAGGAGCGUUUAUGCUACAGCAGUUACAGAAGGAUCAGAUGCAAGCUGUGACACCAGAUAAAAGUCAGUUCAGAUCAUUAAAUGAUGCGUUUCAGAGACUCCUUUCAUAUCAUGUGUGUCAGGGGUCGCUGCCGACUGAGGAAGACUUAAAAAAAGUGGACAGUGAAUUUGAAUCUGUAGCUACACAGCUAUUGAAGAGGACACAAGCUAUGCUGAACAAAUACAGAUGUUUACUUAUAGAAGAUGCAAUGCGGAUAAAUCCAUCUGCAGAAAUGGUUAUGAUUGAUAGGAUGUUUAACCAGGAAGAAAGAGCAUCUCUGACCCGGGAGAAGCGUCUUGCACUAGUGGAUCCUGAUGGUUAUCAGGCUGAUUUUUGUUGUUCUGCCAAACAAUUUGAUAAAACAGCUGAUGAAGCACAGACCAGCAAAAGUGACCAUCAGUCUAGCAAAGCAUUACCUUCUCGAAGUCAGACUACCAAAACCCAAACCAGAGACCGACCAAAAUUCAGCUCAGCAGAGUCCACAAAUCACAGUAAACUUCCUCUAGUGCCUAACAACGUUUUGACAUCACAAGAAGGAACUACUAAAAAAUCGGAAAGCCUCAUUAAAGCUUUAAAGUUUGAGAAAGCUAAUUGUUCUUCUGGGAGCCAAUACAAGGCCCUUCCUGAAGAAAAGAUGGCUGGUAAAGUUCUUACCAAGUCAGCUGAGAAUUCUUUGAGUUCUGAAGACUUGUCAAAAACUGUAUCAAGAGGCAGUCAUGGAACACACAAUAAAAUACCAAGGAAUACAGUCCAAUCUUUCUCAAAGGUAACAUGUAAUAAUUCCUUCAAAGACAAAACUCUGAGGAGCCCUCCAAAGAAUGAGGUUUUACAUCCUGAUAACAUGAAAGGCUCCAGUGAACCCCAGCAAGACUUACUGCUGAGUAAGAGUUUAGAAACGACAUUUAAGAAUAUCUUGGAACUUAAAAAAACUGGGAGACCGACACAAAAUGAGGCAUCGAGUAGUGGCUCUGUUGACUUAGAAUUUCCUAAUUUUUCACCUCUUGCUUCACAGGAAAACUGCUUGGAAAAAUUUAUUCCAGACCACAGUGAAGGUGUAGAAACUGACUCUAUUUUAGAAGCAGCUGUAAAUAGUAUCUUAGAGUGUUAAUAGUUACAAUACCCUGGAAAAGUUAUGUUUCUCUUAGCAGAAGCAAAUGUGAAUGACACCACAAGUACAGCCUGACAUACAUUUAAGGUUAACCUUUCUAAACUAGAUUCUGUUCUGUGUUUGAGAGCAAUACUCAUUGUGGUUACAGUGAGAUAGCCAAGUAAAGUUAAUCCUUGUUAGAAUGCAGUCUGUUAGGGCCUUACUAUUUCAAGUAUUAUUAUGAUAGUGCUUUUGAUAAUUGUGCAGUCCUGCAGCAUAACAAGGUUGCAGGCCGUUAGGCCCUAUGUAAUAUGGUAAUAUACUGACAAUCACAGUCAUUUGAAAGGAUAUAUUUAUUAAGAAAAUGUUUUUUAAAAAGCGAUGGAAGCAACAAUUCUCCCCUACCCUUUUCCCCAAAUCCACAAAAGAUUUUUAAGUUGUUCUGGAAAACCCACUGUACCUCUAUUCAGAAGUGAUGAUUUGCUUUGUAAUGGAAUCUGUGUUCUAGGAGUCUUAAGUUGGAAGGAUGUCAUCACUGUGUUAACAAGGUUUCAUAAGUUGAACUUAAAGUGCUUUUCUAUUGCUUUUUGAGCAGAAACUAGUCCUUGAUAUAUUUGUAGUGGGUAAGUUUAGUCUGUGAGAUGAUAUUAUAUGGUCUUAGUCACAGUGGCAUGAUAUGAAGUAAUAAAUGCUUGACUAAGGAAGGUAGAUUGGAAGCCAGUAAAUGGCUUCUUGUGUACAGGUCGAGGCCAUGAUAGAGCCAUGAAUUUAUAUAUAUAUUACAUAUAUAGUAACUCUUCUUGAAGAGCUAUUGCGUUUUAUAAUUGGAUGUAGUCAGCCUUGAGUCUUUCUGAAGUGGUAUAAUUUUUUUAUUUUUUUCUUUGAUUUUAAUUUUUUUUAAUUUUUAGACCAAGUGUCAAAAGCACUUUUAUUUGAAAGCUGUUAAGAUAUUUGUAGCUUAUAUUUUAAGAGGACAUUAGCCUUACUCAGAAAAAAAAUUAAGGCCAGUGUUUAUUUUUGAUUUUUUUUUAAAUUUUGCUAUCAGAGAAUGUUGAAGCAUCCACUGUAGCAGUCAUAAUUAUCAAGAUAUGUACAGACCAAAGUUGAUCAGCAGUCCCAUUGUUAAAACAUAUCUAAAAGUGUGUAAUUAUUAAUUCAUAUUGUAGAGCCAAGUGAAACUAUUGCACGGUUUGCAUUUGGCUUGCUGUCAUGUUGGUAAAAUAGAAUCUUAUUAUUUUAUUUAUUUAUUUUAAUCUAUGAUGUCUCUUUUUUUUUUUUUUUUUUUUUUGCUGCCCAUGCUGCUUUUUCAUAGUUUACCUUGGUCAUGAGUGCUUUUGUGCACAUAAAUACGCUGGCAUUAGUCUCGUGCAGGUAGUACAUAUGUCUGCUCAGGAGGAUACAGCUUUUGUGAUUUCUAAGAUAUGCUUAUGUUCUCCCCAGACCUCCCCUCCAGUUUCUUAGAAAUUACCAAUCAUUUUCCAGACUUAAUGAUUACAGUCUUCAUAACCUCGAGGCUCAUUGUGACAAACUGUGGUUGUCAGUUAGAUUGCCAGGAAGGAAGACAAAAGGUAGAGUUUUGUUGUCAUGCAGUUCAGUCCAUCUGAAUAGCGUAGAGGAAAGCAGAAUUAUGUCCUUGUGACAGUGAAAGAUUACAGUGCAACUCAGUAUUGAGCUACAAUCCACUGUCUGACCGCUAAAGGAAACCAAAUCUCGAAAGCAACAUGAGAAAGAUGAACUUGUUUAAAAUUCAUUUUCCCUUUUGAAGUGGAUGGAAAUGCUGUUGUUUUUUUUUUUAUUUUUUAUUUUUUUAAUGUUCCUAGUUGCCAUUUUAAAGAAUUGUGCCAAUUUUAAAGUACAUGUUUGUUAAACCCAACAUUCCCGAGUGUUGUAUAAAAUAUUCAAAGUAAUAACGAGCAUUGCCAGUUUUAAAUUUUUAGCUAAGUAAGUGUCCAUAGAAUAGACUCUCAGGCAGUGAUUUGUUCUAUUACGGGUGAAACUGAUGAUAUAGUCUUCACCUGUUGCCUUUUUAGGUUUAAUAAUACUCAUGGCUGUGUAUUCUGAAGCGUAUGUACUUGAUGAUUUUGGAAAUUCAGCUGUUCUAAACGAUUUGAGAAGAAAGCCAGUAAGUGACGCAGCUGUGUGCUAACUAGUUAAUUCUUUUAUAGAGGGGAAAAAAAGUUGCACAUUUGUUGAUACGUUUGCUUUUUGUGCCACCUCAAAAUGGAUACAGCAUCUGUACAGCAAAUACGCAAUUGGUGCAUAUCAGGCUGUGUGUCUUCUAUUGGAUCUUAUUUUGGGGUGGGGGGCAAUGACAUUAAAAAUGACAAAUUGCAAAAAGUAAUGAUUGUUGAUCUGGUCAGACACAUUUCCCUGAACUACUUAUGAGAGGAGCCCAUUGAAUGAAUUCAAGGUAAAUGUUAGAUUGAUCAUGUUCUGUUGUUCACUCCUUUGAAUUCAUUUCUAAAGGAAUUCUGGUGCGUUAUGAAGCAGGAAAUGAAAGAAUUGUACUUUUUUUUUUUUUUUUUUUAAUUUAAGAAGUCUAGAUUAAUCAUAUGGACUCAAAUCCAGCAAAGUAUUGUGAAUGUGCAUGACUUUGAACAUGUUUUCAUUAUUUUGCUGGAUCAACAUUGUGUUCUCAAUGUUAUUUAAUACUGCCUAAUAUUAAAACAAAUUUUAAACUGGCAAUUAAGAAAAAGAUGUUCAUUUUGAAGAUUUUAGUAUAAUUUAUCUGUUAGAUUAGGGAGGCCUUACAGACUGACUUCACUUAAAGAGGAUGUGUCACUUAUUGUCAGUGUGGUAUGGACUUUAUUUGCUUAAAUACCUUCAUUUGUAAAGUAUGUCUCACUUGAAAUUGCUUUGUAUACAUUUUGUAAAAAUAUUUAUAAAAUGUUUUGUAAAAAAAAAAAAAAAAGUAUAACAAAUUGCAGUUUAUUUUGUUAUGUUGGAUAAAUACUGUUAAAAGACACAAGUCAGUAAAUAUAUUGUUAAUCCAUGGAUAGGAAAUGUUUAGUUGGAGAUUACAAAUUGAAACAACCAUUGCAAUACAGCCAAAGAUUUGGGAAAAAUG